GGCGAUUACCCACUCUAGCCCUUCGCAUUCUACAAAAACCCUAGUCCACUUCAUUUCUUUUCCUCGCUAGUCACUAGCUUCACCCCGCACUCUCUCUAGCCGUCUUGUGGUGUCUGCUUCUCCUGCUUGCUUGCGGAAGAACGUUCCUUGCUCAGAUCUGAAAUUGGAGCUACAAGUUUUUCCGUUAACCCAUGGCUCUUGUACUUCACGCAGGGAAGACCAAUAAAAAUGCUUUCAAGGCACUGAUUGCAGCAGAGUACUCUGGUGUGAAAGUUCAACUGGUUGAGAAUUUUGAGAUGGGUGUCUCAAAUAAGACUCCUGAAUUCCUGAAGAUGAAUCCUAUCGGAAAGGUUCCUGUUUUGGAGACACCUGAUGGGCCUGUAUUUGAGAGCAAUGCUAUUGCCCGAUAUGUUACCCGCUUGAAGGCUGACAAUCCUCUUUAUGGUUCAUCCCUGAUUGAUUAUGCCCGUAUUGAGCAGUGGAUUGAUUUUGCAUCAUUAGAGAUCGAUGCCAAUCUUUUGGCUUGGCUUAGACCUAGAAUGGGAUUUGCCCCAUAUCUUCCACCCGCUGAGGAAGCAGCAAUUUCUGGAUUGAAGAGAGGUUUGGGUGCUUUGAACACUCAUCUUGCCUCAAACACCUUCUUGGUUGGUCAUUCCGUGACUUUGGCUGACAUCGUUACUACAUGUAAUCUAUAUAUGGGAUUUGCUCGCCUCAUGACUAAGAGCUUUACUUCUGAGUUUCCCCAUGUUGAGAGAUACUUCUGGACUAUGGUUAAUCAACCAAAUUUCAAAAAGAUAUUGGGUGAUGUCCAGCAGACUGAAUCAGUUCUUCCUGUCCUGUCAAAGAAGCCUGCCCCUUCCAAAGAAUCUGCUAAACCAAAACCAAAGGAGGAACCAAAGAAAGAAGCUAAAAAGGAGAAAGAGCCAGCAAAGCCAAAAGAAGCUGCUGUGGAAGAGGAAGAGGCUCCAAAGCCCAAACCCAAGAAUCCUCUUGAUUUGCUGCCGCCAAGUAAGAUGAUAUUGGAUGAGUGGAAGAGACUCUACUCAAACACCAAGACCAACUUCCGAGAGGUUGCAAUUAAAGGAUUCUGGGACAUGUAUGAUCCUGAGGGAUACUCACUGUGGUUCUGUGACUACAAAUACAAUGAUGAGAACACAGUGUCUUUUGUUACUUUGAAUAAGGUCAGCGGAUUUCUUCAGCGUAUGGAUCUGGCUCGCAAGUAUGCAUUUGGAAAGAUGCUGGUGAUUGGUGAAAACCCUCCAUACAAGGUCAAGGGACUGUGGCUUUUCCGCGGCCAAGAAAUUCCUCAAUUUGUUAUUGAUGAGUGCUAUGACAUGGAACUGUAUGAGUGGAAGAAAGUUGACCUUUCAGAUGAAGCCCAAAAGGAGCGUGUCAACCAGAUGAUUGAAGACUAUGAGCCUUUUGAAGGAGAGCCUCUUUUGGAUGCUAAGUGCUUUAAGUGAAGUAUAUCUUUUAUCAUUUAACUUACGUUUUUUUUUUUGUCUGCAUUCGAAUUUGUUUUAAAAAAUUUUUAUUUUGGUAGUAAUUUUGUAUCUUUGUUUGGACAGAUUUGAGUCUAGCUUUUUGUGAUUUUACAUAGUAAAACUUUGCUCUUGCGCCUCUUAUGUCCUCAUAAACAUACUGCUCAAUUGGUAUUUGGUGCACUUCGAUUAUAAGUAUAAUUUUGUUGUUGA